GAUGGGGUGUACUUAAAUAUACCCCUAUCUUAUUAUUGGUUACGGAUUUUGCAUGGGGUGUGUGCGCACUUAGGUGUUUGAAAGGGUACACGUUGAAUAGCUGUAUUUUGUGCUCUAAAAGGCGGUUUUUGUUUGACCAUGUAAACGUUGAGUAAACGCGUGUAAAUUAUUUUAUUUUUUAAACAGCAAAUGCCAAAAAUGCAAUAUACAGCAACCUAUAGCGCUAGGAAAACACGGUCCGCUUCUCCUGGGAUCCGCUCCGGGUUUUUUCGCUCGCGCCCCCCUCUUUCAGCUGCUACCUCUACAUAGGGAGAAAAAAAGCACAACAUAACGGGGAGAAAGCGUAUAGACCAUGAUCGCAGCUUUUGGAAAUGAACACCCCGAAUCCAGCUACCCUCAACCGAACCCGAACACGGUGAUCCACUCGGAGGGAGCGCUCUCCUCCACUUCCCCCGCAGAAAACGAACCCCUCUUUAUUAGGAACAUCUCGUUCAGGAGGAAUUCGCACACGUCUACCGGCAGCGGCAAUCCGGAGGAGAGCAGCACCAAGCCCCUCGUCCCCACCUCAGCCGGCGCCGCAGCACAUAUCAUGACUGCGGGCGAGUUCCUGCCGGCAGCCCCGCUGUAUGCUCGCCGCUCUGCGCGCAGCCUGUUCUACAAGCUCCUGUGCUUUCUCAUGCUGACCCUCCAGGGCGGUGUUCUGGAUUUCUACCUGAUAGUCUUUACGGACCUCUACUGGUGCUCGUGGAUCGCCACGGACCUGGUGGUCAUGACGGGCUGGGGGAUCUUCUUCCUGAAGAACGCCAGGAGCAAGCGGGAGCGAGCCUGUAGCCUCCACCACCAGCAGCACCAGCAGAAGGGCGCCCUGUUCUACGGGUUCAACCUCGGCGAGUUCACCUUCGCCUACCUGGCCUGGCUCAUCUACGUGAUCGCCUGCACCCCCAAAGUGGUGUUGAUCCUGGAGACGUCCAUUCUGGACCUGAUCGAGCUCAAAGUUCCCCUGGGGAUGACCGGCUUUAAAAUCACCAUGACGCUCUCUGCGCCUCUGCUGUACUGCCUGAUCAACGCCAUCAUAGAGGACUUGACCGGGGCCACACGCUACCACUCCCAGAGCUGCUACGUGAGCACCUGCAUCGAUCUGCUGGACAGCUUCACCUUGAUCGAGCUGCUGCUAACGAACGAGAUCCCGACCGUCUACCUCAAGUACACCGUGAUCGCGGUCUAUUUCCUGGCGCUGAGCGUGCCGGUGGUGUGGCUGUACGAGCUCAACUCGGCGCAGCUGGAGUGUAAGUGGAUCUGGGCGCGCUUCUUCUCCGGGGUGCUGGUCAACGCCCCCCUCCUCGUGGUGCGAUGUUUCCUCGUAUACGUCUACCAGCUCCCGGUGUCCGUCUUCAUGUUCAAAAACAUGUUCUUCCUGGUGUGCCGCUGCCUGGAGCUGGCGGAGCAGUGCGCCAAGGUGAAGGGAGCUCGGAAGUACACGAACGCCAACCCCGGGCCCUUCACCCACUGCGUCUCGGAGAACGACAUGAUGUGCCCGCACGGAUAUGCCAACACGCUUGCCGUCACUACUCAGAAUUAAUAGCAGCUCUUUAUUUUGGGAGGAUCGUUUUUUUUUCUUUUCUUUUUUUAAAUUUGUUUAUUUAUUUAUUUAUUAUAAAUAUAUUUGGGGGACCACACUGGUUUCCUCGCAGUCUCGGACCAUUUCUACCAAGUUCUCAAACUGAACAGGUGCUAACAGGACAGCCAGGCAGCGCACAGCUUCAGUAUGUGGUGGCAUUAAACUAACAGUCAGUCCUGACCAAAGCGCUUAGUAGUAGAGUGGGAUCACAUGUCCUGUUUUGUAUUUCCUACUGUAUGAAGUUGGAAGUUGGUAUGAUUGGUAUGUAUUUAUUGUGUUUGUCGUCCCCGCCCCCCGUUCAGUGGUGAAUUUGCACAAUAAUUUAGCAGCCUUUGCCAUUGGUGUGGUUUUGCCAGUUGUCUAUUAUUUGUACCAAUAGUCCAUGCAGGAAAAGCAAUGUUUAAAGACGUAGUAACACAUUGAAUUCAAGCGUGUGAGUGUUGGAGACUUCUACCUCUGGCCUGCAGAUAACUUGAAAUACAGUAAUGAAAUAAAACAGCACAGUAUUCUCUCUAUAAUAAGUACACCUUGUUUGUAAGUAUGUUUUUUUUUUUAUACCUAAGAGGUACAACACGCGAACCCCACCCC